CGCCGAGGGGUGGUAAAAGAAGGGGCGGCCGCGCAGGGACGGAGAGUCCCUUGCUUCCUGCGCGCCCGCCGCCGCCGAGGUUCCCGCCCGAGUGACGCAGGCGGGGCGCGGGGGCCGGCACCUCGUCCCCCACCCCCCGCCAUGAACACCAGCGGCCCGGGCUUCCCGCUGGCCUCGCUCUACGUGGGCGACCUGCACCCCGACGUGACCGAGGCUAUGCUGUACGAGAAGUUCUCGCUUGCCGGGCCCAUCCUGUCCAUCCGCGUGUGCCGCGACGUGGCCACCCGCCGCUCGCUGGGCUACGCCUACAUCAACUUCCAGCAGCCGGCCGACGCGGAGCUGGCACUGGACACAAUGAACUUUGAGGUUAUCAAAGGCCAACCCAUUCGCAUCAUGUGGUCCCAGCGAGACCCAAGACUUCGAAAGUCGGGUGUGGGCAACAUCUUCAUCAAGAACCUGGAGGAGUCCAUUGACAACAAGGCCUUAUAUGAUACCUUCUCCACCUUCGGAAACAUCCUGUCUUGCAAGGUGGCGUGUGAUGACCACGGCUCCCGAGGCUUUGGCUUUGUCCAUUUUGAGACCCGUGAGGCUGCGCAGCAGGCCAUCAGCACCAUGAAUGGGAUGCUGCUGAAUAACCGCAAAGUCUUCGUCAGCCACUUCAAGUCCCGACAGGAGCGGGAGGCUGAGCUGGGGGUUCGGGCCAUGGAGUUCACCAACGUCUACGUGAAGAACCUGCAAAUGGACAUAGACGAGCAGGGCCUGGAGGAGCUCUUCUCCCAGUUUGGGAAGACGCUGAGUGUGAAGGUGAUGAGGGAUGACAGCGGCCACUCCCGAGGCUUUGGCUUUGUCAACUUUGAGAAGCAUGAGGAAGCCCAGAAGGCUGUGAUGGACAUGAACGGGAAGGAGGUGAGAGGACAGCUGCUCUAUGUGGGCCGUGCCCAGAAGUGGGCGGAGCGGCAGAAUGAGCUUAAGCGAAAGUUCCAGCAGAUGAAGCAGAUGAAGCAGGACCGGCUGAACCAUUACCAGGGCGUGAACCUGUAUGUGAAGAACCUGGAUGACUCCAUUGAUAAUGAGAGGCUGAGGAAAGAGUUCUCUCCCUACGGAGUGAUCACCAGUGCCAAGCCUCCAGCCCAGGCUGCGUGCUAUGGCUCUGGUCCACCUGUCCAGCCUGCCCCCAGGUGGACGGCCCAGCCACCUAGACCCUUGAUACCACAAGCCACCUACUCUCCAGCUGCCUCAGUGGCCUGGUCACCAGCCACGUCUCAGCACUCCCCGACCCACAUCAGCAGUGUCAAGAAGGCCUCUACCCAGGAGCCACCCCAGAUGUCCUACACCCAAACAGUGGCCAACAUUGGUACCCAGACCUCUGGCCUUGGUGAGGCAGGAUGCUCUAUGCCAAGUGGGCCUCUCCUGACACAGAGAUAUUCCUUGGAGACGCCCAACACCCAUGAGGUCCAGGAGCCUGCGGUGUGCAUCCCCGGACAGGAACCCCUGACCGUGUCCAUGCUGGCCGCAGCACCACUGCACAAGCAAAAGCAGAUGAUAGGUGAGCGUCUCUACCCCCUUAUCUACAAUGUCCACACCCAGCUGGCGGGCAAGAUCACAGGCAUGCUGCUGGAGAUCGACAACUCAGAACUGCUGUUCAUGCUGGAGUCUCCAGAGUCCCUCAAUGCCAAGGUGGAGGAGGCUUUGGCAGUGCUUCAUACAGGCUCACCAGACCGUGGAGGAAGAGCAGAUGAAAGUGAAUACCUCAAGAAGAGAAAGUCAGUCAGUCAUGACUGGAUGUCACCACUAAACCUGCCUCAAAUCAGAACCCCAGAUGUCAGCACAAUCCUGAAGUUGACCCUGAAUGAGACAGCAAUGUACUGAGAUAAGUAAAAUAUAUCCUUGCCCUUAAGGAGCACGUACAAGCACUCAAGACCUGUAAUCCAUCUCAAGUCCCCAGAACAUGGGUGCUCAGAAGCAGCAGUGGUGUGGUGGCAAGGGCAUCAGAACCUGCAAUCCAGCCUGUGAUACUGCACAAGUCACUCACUCCCUCUGAUAUGUGCUCACCUAUCACAUGAAGAUAUCACUUCACACACUUGCUGCAAGGGUUCACUGUGUUAGGUUGAUCCCUGGUUU